GCGGCAACAAUUUCUUCAAGGGUGUCAAGUGGUCUCCGGAUGGCUCGUGCUUUCUGACGUGCAACGAGGACAAGAGGCUCAGGAUUUUCAAUCUGUAAGUCCACUAGGUUUUGUGGUUUUUCUUCCUUGUUCUUCUCUUCGUGGUGUAACGUUUGUGGCUUCAGGCCUUCAAACGCUCUGGAAGCCGAGGAUCUUGCUCGGUAGAUUUUUUCCUGGAACAUGAAAGUUAUCAGCUUGAGUUUAGAUCCACUUGUCUCGUCAUUGAAGGAGAGCCUGUGUACGAUUUUUGCUGGUCCUCACAUGGUUGCCACAGAUCUGUCAACUUGUGUUUUCGCGACUGCAACGCGGGAUCAUCCAGAGCUUACAAUUGAAGUUACAGCAGCAUUGUUAAUCCUGCGGGUAACAGGUAAAAAGAUUUCUGAUAUGGUUGCCCAUUCCUGGCGCUCGCAGGCUGUUUGUGGAUACAACAAAAAGAUUAGAAUUUCUUAUGCCCCGGUCGUCACUGCCAACGAGUUCCAAAGAAGAGUGAUCGUCUUUCGACUUAGAGUAACAAAAGUAGCUCUUGCAGGAAUUGUGUCGUGCCUAGCUUUUAGCGGACAUCAGACAAAAUCUUCUUGGGGCUGGUUCUUAGGAUUGAACCUUAGCAGUGUACAACGAAGGCAAACAUGGAGCUUCUAUAUGUGCUGCAAGGACACGAGGAAGGCCUCACUCAAGUAUAGUUCCUCGCUUCCCUUCGAGUCUAUCUAUAAGCUGCUAAGUCAAACAUGUUCAGUUCUCUAAGUACGGCAGAAAUCUCCACAGGACAAAUUUCUCCUCGAGGGAGCCCUUGGUUAAA